GCCAUUGGGUUGCGUGUGGCUGAGUCUCUGUAACGUAUAAGAGAGAAGCAAGCAAACCAUUGGUGAAUGAUUCUAUAAAAGAAUCAAGAAACCAAAAGCGUGAAGCGAAUCUCCGUCGUUGAUCUUUUCUCUUUCUCCGAUUGAUUCUCUCUGCAUUGGAGGAGAUGGCGAGUAUAUGCUGCGGAGGAGGAGGAGGAAGCGCGAGUGCCGUUCGUUGCGAUCGGCGAACGGUUACACCUCGAGCUUCGUGUGUGGCGGUUCCGGUGACUAAUCGACGGAAUCGGACCGAGAGCGGGAAAGUCUCGAUGACGAUGGCGGAUUUUGCACCGGUGAAGCCCAAGCGGAAACGCGGCGGAUCCGUCGUGUCGCGGGAGAAGCUUGACGAGUGGCUGAGAGAUUCGGUUGUUGAGAUCGUGAGGAAUCUGAGAGAAUCGUCGUUGAUGGUGAACUUAUACGCGGAAGGGAACGGAGGUUUGACGACGACGGCGACGGCGACGAAUCCGGCGGCGGAGGAUUGGGAGGCGAUGGAAGGGAGGUGGGGGAGGGGAGAAGAGAGGACGCCGGAGGGAGUGGUGUUGGUGGAGAAGUUAGCUGACGGUGAAGUGGCGGAGAGAGAUGAUUACGAUGGAGGCGCGUGUGGGGAAGGUGCAACGAGCGCGUGGGGGAUAGUCGCGCAGGGAAGGGGGGCGGAUAGUGGACCGGUUUGUUACUUGUUGAAAACGACCCGGGUCGGGUCGGGUGUGGGGACGGUUUGUACACAUUUUAGUUUGGUGAAGGUGAAGAGUUUUAGGGAGACGGCUGUGUCGCAGUUGAAUAACUCGUGGUUGGUGCAGACUGGUCAAUGAAAUAAGUGUGUGUGAUGGUGAUUUUAUUAUGGUGGUCAAAGGCCAUUGUGAUCUGUAAAUUAUUUAAUUCUCUUUGGGUUUGAAUUAUGAAACCCUUAUUCGAUUGGUAUAAAUGUUAACUUCUAAAGGUUAUAGAGUAUGGUGGCUUGGUCAAGAACAAUUUAAUACUCCUUUAGUA